GACAGUAUGGUGCGGCGCGUGGCUGUCAUCGGGGCCGGGGUGGGCGGGUUGGCCUCCGUCAAGUGCUGCCUGGACGAAGGGCUGGAGCCCACCUGCUUCGAGAGGAGCGAGGACAUCGGGGGGCUCUGGCGUUACACGGACUCCACGGACAGCGGGAGGUUCAGCGUGUACCGCUCAGUGAUCACCAACACCUCCAAGGAGAUGUCCUGCUUCAGUGACUUCCCCUGCCCAGAGGAUUUUCCCAAUUACCUGCCCCACAGCCUCCUCCUGGAGUACUUUCGGAUGUACGCCCGGCACUUUGACCUCCUGCGGCACAUACGCUUCAAGACAACAGUUCUCAGUGUGAAGAAGUGCCCGGAUUUCGCCACCUCAGGCCAGUGGGAGGUGGUCACUGAAAAUGAUGGCGUCCAGGAAUCACACAUCUUCGAUGCCGUCAUGGUUUGCGCUGGCCAUUUCCAGGAGCCCUACUUACCAUUGGCUUCUUUCCCAGGUAUCGAGACCCGCUUCAAAGGUCGGUAUCUCCACAGCCGAGACUACAAAGAUGCAGAGGCUUUCCAGGGAAAGCGGGUCCUCGUGAUUGGUUCUGGCAACACCGGUGGUGAUCUCUCUGUGGAGCUGAGCCGCGUGGCUGCAAAGGUGUUCCUCAGUGCCAGAAACAGCACGUGGGUAUUCAGUCGGGUCUCGGACAACGGCUUCCCCUUUGACAUGGUCAACACUACUCGCUUCAACCACUUUUUUGACUGGCUUCUCCCAUCAGCCCUUACAAAGAGAAUCAGGUUUCGGAAGUGCAAUUCGUGGUUUAACCAUGAAAACUACGGUUUGGCUUCCAGCAAAAGCUCCAACUUUAAGAUAAUUAUCAAUGAAGAGCUGCCGUUUUGCCUCCUCUCUGGGACCAUUGUGUUGAAGCCGAAAGUGAAGGAGUUCACUGAAAGCUCUGUUCUUUUUGAAGAUGGGACAACCGAAGAAAACAUUGACGUGGUGCUCUUUGCCACGGGCUACAUGUUCUCAUUUCCCUUCCUGGAAGAGUCAGUCCGCAGCCUCUUUGAUGACAACCGUUCUCUCUAUAAACGCAUCUUCCCUCCCCAGCUGGAAAAGCCAACGCUGGCCAUCAUCGGCUUAAUCCAGCUGACCGGCUCUGUGAUGGUGGGAUCAGAAAUGCAAGCUCGCUGGGUGACAGGGAUCUUUGCAGGGUGGAACAAGCUCCCUCCUGCCAGGAAGAUGAUGGCUGAUGUUUUGAAGAAGAAGCCACCUGUCAAAAG